AUGGCUCCUGGCAAACAACCUCGAUAUGAUAGCUCGCCUUCACCGCGCACGAGAGGAACUUUUCGCGCGAAUAAUAAUGAUAAUGGGACUGAUAUAUGGGGCAACAGAGCGAGGGGAGGGUCCGGAGAUACUUGGAUAAAGAAAAUAAUGGAAGACGAUGAAAACAAUGGGGAAGAUGCGAGUGUAGAUAUCGAGGGUGUUACAAGAGAUAUUGGGAAGAUGAGAGAGGAGGAAGCUAAUGGGACGGGUAGAGGAUGGGAUACAGAACUCGAGUUUACGGCUCGAAGUGUGGAUAUUAAUCGUAGCCCACGACUGAAAACGAAUGGUAUACCGAGCAGGAUAGAGGAGAUUAUGGAGCAGGAGAGGAGUUUUGUUGAGGAUGAUGAGGAGGAAGAGGAACAUGAAGAGGCAAAUCAUGCGAAGGUUCAAGAGAGGCCGGCGAGGAGAGGAAAGUCCGUUGAUAAUCUUGAAAGUCGUAAAACUUCGCGGCCAGUAGAGGGAUGA